AUGAGCAGCCCAGCAGAAUUAUUGGUAAUCCAGCAACAGAAAACCGGGUUUGCCCUGGGCAAACAAUUCACAGAGGUGGCAGGCAAAUUCGGUGCUGCGCGACUAUACAGAGGUUUCCCUAUGACCGCAGGACGUGAGGCGCUGUUUACGGCCGGAUACUUGGGGUUGGGACCUAUCGCUAAGGCAAGCUUGCAAGAUAACUUCCCAUUGCUUAAGGAAAACGAUGGACUAGCGUUAUUAGCUGGUGGUUGUGCGGCCGGUCUUGUCGCGGGUGUAUUGACGCACCCUCUCGACACUGUGAAGACUCGACUGCAGAGUGAUAUAGCCCGAGAGGUUUACAAAGGGCCGUGGGCGGCUGCAAAGGUACUGUGGAAAGAGGAAGGUGCUGCCGCGUUCUACAAGGGCUUCUUACCCAGAUGUGCUCGUCUGUGUGGAGCUGUUAUAAUCCUCAACAAGGCAGGUGGGAUAUUAGAGGAAAUUAUAGUAGAUAAUAACAUCCUGGCUUUUGGGAAAUAA